AGAAGGAGUUCCAGGAAAUAAUAUUAUGUGUUCAGCAGAAAGAUAGAGGAUCAUGCGCAAAAAGUUAUCCACUAUCAACUAGCAUCUUUUCGCACUGUAAAAAAUAUAUCUGCGAAGACAUCAUCUGGAUACUUUCCUGAGCCGCGUAGCCGUGAUAUAACAAGCCUCGGAGCUGCCGGCAACUGGAAAGACAGCUACCUGUCUCCGCUGUUGCUUGCAACAGAUCGCGACAAUGUGAUGGACACGCCCUGGUAUACAGAAUGGCCUCUCAGUCAGAUGCAAAAGCUGAAGAAAUCCCUCACAGCAUCGCAUUUGUACUGAUCGAUGGCUUGGGGGACGUGAGCGUUCCAUUCCUCAACGGCAAUACGCCCCUGCAGUUCGCUUCCACAAGAUUCCUGGACAGCGUUGCAGGAGCCGGGCUCAAUGGUCUGCUGGAUCCAGUGGAGCCUGGUCUUGCAUGCGGCAGCGACACGGCACACUUGUCGAUCCUAGGCUACGAGCCCAGGCUGCACUACCGGGGAAGGGGGGCCUUUGAGAGCAUGGGGGCGGGGAUCCCCAUGCAGCCGGGGGACAUCGCGUUCAAAUGCAAUUUUGCAACGCUCAACCCGGCCUCCGGCGUCGUGCUCAGCCGCCGCGCCGACCGCAAAUUCGAAGACAUCGGGCCGCUCCUGUGCGCAGACCUCAACGGUGUGCGGCUGCCGGGGUUCCCACAGCACUCGGUGGCGGUGAAGUAUGCGACGGAGCAUCGAUGCGGCGUGGCCGUCUCGGGGCCAGGCCUCUCGGACGCCAUAAUUGGGACUGAUCCCCUGAAGGACAACUUGCCGCUCCAGGAGGUGAAGCCGCUGGAUGGAUCGCCGGAGGCUGCCUUCACAGCAGUGCUUGUCACCGAGCUCUCAGCCACUCUCUGCAACGUCCUCAAGGAUCAUCCGGUGAACAAGGAGAGGGUGGCUGCAGGCAAGCCGCCUGCCAACAUUGUGCUUUUGCGGGGCUGCGGAUCAAGGAUUGCUGUGGAGGGAUUUGAGGAGAGGCAUGGGCUUCGCGCAUGCAUGGUCGCCCCCACCAAAAUCAUUGCUGGCCUGGGGAUGUCCCUCGGCAUGGACUGCCUCUCAGUGCCUGGAGCCACAGGGGACUAUAGGACACAGUUCCACAAGAAGGCACAGGCGAUCUCAUCAGCGCUGAUCGACGGUGGGUACCGCUUUGGGAUGCUGCAUGUGAAGGCUGUGGACGAUACCGGUCACGACAGACAGGCUGUGCUCAAGGUGCGCUAUCUUGAGGCGGUUGAUGCAAUGGUGGGCCAGCUAAUCAGGCGGCUGUGGGAGGCCGAGGCGUCCGGUCGGGGGCGAUACUCCCUCUGCCUCACGAGCGAUCACUCCACCCCGGUAGAAUUUGGCGACCACUCUCAUGAACCGGUGCCAUAUGCCAUCGCGCGCCUCACUCACAUUGUGGAGGCGCUUGGAGGCAGCACUUUUGUUAGGAGCAUCCCACUCGAGCCAAUACCGCACCCAGACCCCGCAGAGAGCGUAGCGGAACUGCUCUCUAGAGCAAAUGGUGUGGAGGGAACAGCGGCACCUAAGAGAACAGUACAGCUUGGGGAUAAUGUGGGCAGCUUUGAUGAGGUGGCGGCUGCCCAAGGGGCUCUGGGCAGAUUUCCGGGCAGCCAGGUCAUGCCCCUCAUAAGGGAUUUUUUAUCAAAGGUACCCUAAAUUUGAGAGUGGACAUCGAGUGAACAUAGUUGCGCAUUCAAAUGCUGUACCUUUGAUCUGCUGGAGGCAGGCUCCUUACCAACUUACAAGGUCAUGUUCUAUAUCUAGAAGAUUUUGAUGCAUAUGGCGAUAGUGUCAGCAGCUUGGGGAUCCUUCCACCCUAGUGCAGUAGCCUCUCAGGAAUCGUGUUAUAGGUUCAACCGAUGAAUAGUUUAGCUGAUCAUUGCAGUGGCAGAGCCGCAGCCUGCUCUGUCCUGUGUCACUUUCACCACCCACAGCUGCGCCCAUCAUCAUGGGGAUAGUGCAGUCAAACUGCUAUGUCUGAAUAUCUUUCCCCAUUUGUAAUAUUCACUAUCAAAGAAUCUGCAGCUCCAUUGCCUGGAGCUCAACAGAACCUCCUCAACAAUGAGCCACACCGCUCCCCUAGAUCUUACUCCUGCUGAGCGCCGCAGCUUGCAACACAGAUCUGACUCAAUCACUGGCUGCCCAUAUCCGGCGCUGUGCAUAGCUCGGCAGCAGAAAUACAUUAUCGACUAUCAAGUCCGCGCCGUGACUCCCUCAAUCAUCUGCUUCACUGGUGGUGGGCUGAUGUUCUUCGGCUUUGAGAAGGACUGCCGGAUGGGGGGCACUACCACUGGUAUGAUAAUACCUAUGCCUCCAAUGAUGCAGCUCCACAUGAUGAUGGGCUCCUGAUGCAGCAUCGUCCGGAACCAAGCUCCUGCUCCAGACAUCCUGGGUGCUAGGACU